GCUGUGGUGUCAGCAGCCCCACUGUCCUUCUUCCCAUCUUCACUUCGUAUUGGGAAAUGCACACAAACAACACUGACAACAACGCUGACAACGGUGACAACGCUGCUUACUUCUGGCUGCUGUCGCGAGCAUUGCCGUACUUUGCACUUUGAUCGGUCUGGUUGGUGGUUGGCGGUGCUGGUGAUUGGCUCUGGGCACAGACUCCCUUGAACACGCAGCUGCAAGAGGUGAGUGUGAGGCACACGCGAUGAUCCUAAGGGUGAUCAACGGGUUGCUGUUGCAGCAUGGGGAGUUUGUUCGAGAGGACCUUUGGGUGCAGGAUGGCAAGGUUGUCAACCCUCGUGAUCUCUUCUUCGCGACCAAGGCCCAGGCUGACGUGGUGGUGGAUGCACAAGGCAACAUGAUCGCGCCCGGCUUCAUUGACGUGCAGCUGAAUGGGUGCUUCGGCGUUGACUUCUCGUCCUCACACAGCAACGACAUCGAGGAUGGUAUUGCCAAGGUGCGCCGCGCCCUCCUUAAGCAAGGCGUCACGGGGUUCUGCCCCACCAUCAUCACAUCCUCUCCAGAGCGCUACCACGACAUCUUGCCCAAAAUGAAGAAGGCUGAUGGCGGAGAUGCCGGCGCGGCUGUGCUUGGUGUGCACCUGGAAGGCCCCUUCAUCAACCCCGACAAGAAAGGCGCACACCCAAAGCAUCUCAUCCAGCCACUGGAGGCCGGCAUGGCGAGCAUCGAGACCACAUAUGGCCCAGACCUCAGCAACGUCGCCAUCGUCACGCUGGCGCCGGAGUUGGAGCACGCGCCACGUGUCAUUCAGGACCUGCGAAAGCGCGGGAUUGUUGUCAGCCUCGGACACACGCACGCGACACUUGAGCAAGCAGAGCGCGGCAUGCUCAUGGGUGCUUCCUCCAUAACCCACCUCUUCAACGCAAUGACAGCCUUUCACCACAGGGACCCCGGCAUCAUUGGGCUGCUGCCGUAUGGUGGCGAGGGCAGAUAUCGCUUCUUCUAUGGCCUCAUUGUUGACGGACUGCACACACACGACGCAUCCAUGCGCCUCGCAUAUGCAAACCACCCCGAAGGCUGCGUGCUGAUAACGGAUGCAACACAGGCGAUGGGGCUACCGCCGGGCGAACACCAUCUUGGCGACAUGGCUGUUGUCCUCGACCACAACCACAGACUCACACUCAAGGGAACAGACACCCUCGCUGGCAGCGCGGUGUCGAUGGACGUGUGUGUUCGCCGCUUCUCCACAUUCGCUGGGGCCGCGCGUGCUGUUGAGGCGGCCAGCCUUCGACCUGCACAGCUGUUGAACAUUGAGGAGAGGAAGGGCCACCUCCACUACGGCGCAGACGCAGAUUUCGUCAUUCUCUCGCACGACCUGCAUGUGCUGUGCACAUACAUUGGCGGGAAGCUGCAAUGGGCCGCAAGCGCCACGUUUCCGCCAACACGAACCACAUCAAAGUAACGUAGCAUGCUGCUGCCGUGUUUGGGUUGGGGGAGGGAGGCACCCUGAGUGUCGUGCUUGCAUCGCCACUGGGCACACCAAGCACACGAGCGUUGUGUCACGCAACCAAUCACGUGCGCUUACACAGGCGGUUACGGUUGCGUGUUCUUUCUUUCACAUGUUGUGCCCCAUGCCCUUGCUCUGCCCCCACGUGUGCAUUGGUUACGCUUGGUUUGGCCCCUCUCAACAAUAAACGACAAGAGCACA